AUGGCUGAAUCGAAACAACACAAAGACCCUAUCAAUGUUGGCAGAUUGAAGUCUCUAUACUCCGCACACGAACAUUCUGGCUUAAACACCGCGCUCCGCAACGGACUCGAAGCCUUCGCUGCUUCAACCAAAUCCGGUCUUACACAAGACGAUGUGGGGAAUAUCUACAUAACCCGCCCGGGGACCGACCCUUCGGUUUGCGCAAUAGCAUUGACGUUCCCUCUGGACUCGUCGUCUUCUUCCCCGCACGACGCCUUCUCCGGCGCUCUCCACACCUUCCUCGAGCUGCUACACACAACUACGGGGUGUGAUGUUUCCUUGCUAGGCUGGUCGUCGUUAGGGAACAGCACGGUCGGUCGGGACGUUUGGGAAGAAGGGCUGUCUGUGGACGAUGCUUAUGAGGAAUUCCCUGAACUGAAAGCUUUCGAAGGACGGGGUGAUGUCUCGGCGUUCGGCUGCUCGGCGUUGCUGGAGUUGAUCGAGGUCGACGGUGCUGCGCUGGUGGUACGAGGAGAUGCGUUGCUUGCUGAGAAAGCUCGCGGAUACCUGCCGGCUCAUGGGUCCGUUGCGGUUGCGGGUGAGGGACCUAGUUCUUCGAGGUGUCCGGUGGUGAGCAUAUGUGGGGAUGGGGCGAUCGGUAUUGGGAAAAAGGUGGUGAUAGAUUAUAGCGAGUAUGUUGCGAAGUUGUUUGAGAACUUUGAUUAG